AUGACUUACAGAUUCAGGAUAUCAAAUGUUGGAACAGUCAUGAGUUUUAACUUCAGAAUUCAAAACCACAAGAUGGUUUUGGUUGAGACAGAAGGGUCUUACACAAACCAGAUAACACUUGAUUCUCUCGAUGUGCACGUUGGCCAAUCGUAUUCUGUUCUCGUUACUGCUGAUCAAAAUGAAGCUGAUUAUUUCAUGGUAGCAACUCCUAAAAUGUAUAAAAGUAAUGAAUCUAGUGAUAGCAAAUCUCUUGAAGGAAUAGGAAUCCUGCACUAUGCCAAUUCUUUGACAACAGUUAGUGGCCCUCUUCCUUCCGGCCCUGAUCCAUUUGAUAUCGAAUUUUCUGUCAAUCAAGCCAAAUCUAUCACGUGGAACCUGACAACUGGAGCUGCAAGGCCUAAUCCACAAGGAACAUUCAAUGUGUCAAAUGUGACAUUGACUCAAACCUUUAUCCUUCAUGGUUCAAAGGGUGAAAUUAAUGGCUGGCCGCGAUAUGUAGUCAACAACGUAUCCUAUCUCACACCAGAGACACCAUUGAAACUUGCUGAUUUCUUUGUGAAUGGAUCUGGUGUCUACCAACUAGAUCAAUUUCCCACUCACUCGGUGAAUGACGCUGCUGCUUAUGGAGCUUCUGUUGUGUCUGGGAUCCACAAAGGGUGGCUAGAAAUCGUCUUCAAUAAUGAUCUUGAUGUCAUGGACUCUUGGCAUUUGGAUGGUUUUGGAUUUCAUGUUGUAGGAUUUGGGAAUGGAGAUUGGACACCAGCAGCUCGUGAAACGUACAACAUCUUCGAUCCUGUUGUUCGUUCCACUGUCCAAGUUUACCCUGGAAAAUGGACAGCAGUAUAUGUUUUCCUUGACAAUCCUGGAAUGUGGAACUUGAGAUCACAGCACUUGAAGAAUUGGUACUUAGGACAAGAACUUUUUAUUAGAGUUUUCGACGAUAAUCCUAACCCUGCUAAGGAGAGGCAACCACCUCAAAACCUUCUUUUGUGUGGGAUGUUUGAAAGUUUUCUUUCACCUGUUCCAAGUCCAGCUCCAGCUCCCCAAGCAGGAUGGUACCAAAUAGCUCUUAAUGAGGCCCUCAGACAUAUUCCUCAAGGGGAGGAGGUAGAUGAAAAUAAAGUGGAUGAGGUUCAUCUUGAACCUCAAGUACAAAGAAGAGUCCGCCCGCCUCAUGACAACAUUCCAAACCCUCCCCCACCUUCUCUAAGGGCAGCUUACCGGGUGUUGCCCAAUGAACGCUGCGCAAGUGCAAUUGUACCGCCCCAGAUUCGGGCGGGCAAUUUUCAAAUAACCAAUAUCAUGCUUACUCUAUAG